UCUUCUAAUCAGUUCAUAUGUGAAUCUGUUUUAAUGUAAUGUAUUGCGAUCUAUUCGUUAAUUCGUUAAAUAUUUGUAAUCUCGAAAUGUUUUUAUUUGCUGUUUUAUAUACCAUCAAAUUCAUAUUCAACUAAAAAUAUGAUAUUAAAAAGAUUGUAACUAUCAACGUUGAUCCUGCAUGCUGUGCACUACAUCAUCGUCCUGCCUAAAAUAUUGCACUGUACUUUUUCUUAUUUUGCCAAAUAUUAUAUAUAUAUAUAUAUAUAAAAUAUAUAUAAAAUAAGUUAAAUAAGAAAUUAUGGCUGCCUACAUCAAUCGUACAAUUUCCAUGAUUGGAGGAGACAGCCACUUAAGAUCAACAGAUAUACGAAUUGAUAAUUCUCCUCUUCAGAUUUUUGUUAAAGCCAAGAAAAAGAUCAAUGACAUAUUUAUGGAAAUAGAAGAUUAUGUGCAGGACACUAUAGAAUUUAUGAAAUCAUUGCAAACUGAACGUAAUAUUGUUACUGUAGAAGAAGCACAAAGAAUUGAAAGCUAUGUUGCUAAGGUCCAUGCAAUUAGAGAUGUACUUAAGAGGGAUCACAUGAAAGUUGCAUUUUUUGGAAGAACUAGUAAUGGAAAAAGUACAGUUAUUAAUGCAAUGUUACGUGAUAAAAUCUUACCAAGUGGCAUAGGACAUACUACAAAUUGUUUCUUACAAGUUGAAGGUUCAGAUAAUGGUGAAUCUUAUUUAAUCACAGAAGGAUCUACUGAAAAACAACCUGUUCAAUCAGUUGGUCAAUUAGGCCAUGCUCUCUGUAAAGAAAAGUUAUGUGAAAGUCAUUUAGUAAGAAUAUUUUGGCCAAAAGAAAAAUGUUUAUUAUUAAGAGAUGACGUAGUAUUUGUUGAUAGCCCUGGAGUAGAUGUAACACCAAAUCUGGAUGAAUGGAUUGAUAAACAUUGUUUGGAUGCAGAUGUUUUUGUGUUAGUGGCCAAUGCAGAAUCUACUUUAAUGGUGACUGAAAAAAACUUCUUCCAUAAAGUGUCUACAAAAUUAUCUAAACCAAAUAUUUUCAUCUUAAAUAAUAGAUGGGAUGCAUCUGCUUCAGAACCAGAAUUUUUUGAACAGCUGGUCAAAGAGCAAAAAGAAGUAAGGGCACAACAUCAAGAACGGGCCGUCGAUUUCUUGUCGAAAGAAUUAAAAGUUUAUACGCCUAAAGAUGCCGAAGAAAGAGUUUUUUUUAUAUCGGCAAAAGAAACUCUUCAAGCUCGUAUGCAAGAACAACGUGGUCAACCUGCUCAUAAUGGUGCACUAGCAGAAGGAUUUCAAAAUCGUUAUUUCGAAUUUCAAGAUUUCGAACGAAAAUUUGAAGAAUGUAUUUCAAAGUCUGCUGUAAAAACAAAAUUUGAACAGCAUUCUCAACGUGGAAAACAUAUCGCUACAGAAAUACGACAAACUCUCGAUGAAAUAUUAGAAAGAGCACAAAAAAUGAAAAAUGAACAAUUACAUAUUAAAAAAAAUGUUCAUGAUAAAUUAAAUUAUACGGAACAACAAUUAAUGUUACUGACUCAAGAAAUGAAGGACAAAAUUCAUCAUAUAGUAGAAGAUGUCGAGCAAAGAGUAUCUAAAGCUCUUAGUGAAGAAAUUCGUAGAUUAGCAGUACUUGUUGAUGAAUUCAGUGUUCCAUUUCAUACUGAUCCAGUAGUUUUAAAUGUAUAUAAACGAGAACUUCAUACACAUGUAGAAAAUGGUUUAGGUUCUAAUUUAAGAGCAAGACUCAGCACUGCAUUGGCAUUGAAUAUUGAAACUUCUCAAAGAGAAAUGACAGAACGAAUGGCAAGUUUAUUGCCAGAUAAUAAAAGACAAAUGUCAUUAAACAUUUUACCAAGACGAGAACCAUUUGAAAUUUUGUACAGAUUAAAUUGUGACAAUUUAUGCGCAGAUUUCCACGAAGAUUUAGAGUUUCGAUUUUCUUGGGGAAUUACAGCCAUAAUUAAUAGAUUUGCAGGAAGACAAGGAAAAAAGUUACCAAUCGCUAAUUAUUCACAAGAAAUGCCACCUGCAAUUAUGUCUCCUGCAGAAAGUAUUGAUUCUAUAAAAUUUAUGACAAAUACUUCAAACUAUCAAUCAAGAUCGGAUGAUUGGUCAUUAGCUACUAAAAUUGCAAUAGCAUCUAUAACAUCUCAAGGUACUAUGGGAGGACUUAUAGUUGCUGGAUUUAUGUUGAAAACAAUUGGUUGGAGACUUGUUGCUGUAACCGGUGCUAUAUAUGGUGCUUUAUAUCUUUACGAACGAUUAACAUGGACUAAUAAAGCAAAAGAACGUGAAUUUAAACGUCAAUAUGUAUCGCAUGCUACGAAGAAAUUGAAACUAAUAGUAGAUCUCACAUCUGCAAAUUGCAGUCAUCAAGUACAACAAGAAUUAUCAAGCACUUUUGCACGUUUGUGUCAUUUAGUAGACGAAGCAACAUCUGAAAUGGAUACUGAAUUAAAAAAUAUUGCAAGUACAAUACGAAUAUUGGAAGAAGCAACUAGUAGUGCUAAAGUUUUACGAAAUAAGGCUAAUUAUUUAACAAACGAACUCGAUUUGUUCGACGCAGCAUAUUUGAAGUCUUUAAAUUAAACAUUGAAUUAUAUUUUUAAAAAUAAUACAAAUUACUAAAUAUCGAUAUUAAGAAUAUCAUUGUUUCAGAAAAUAUACUUAUGUAUGCUGUGAUUAUUAAUACAUUUUAUGGUGUUGUCAAUAUUCUAAGAAACAUGCAUACUUGGAUGUGUUUUUUGAAACAAUUUCUAUGCAGAGCUGGAAAAGAGACAUUCACAGAUCUGAUUGGUUAUUUCUGAAUGGAUUUAUUAUAACUGUAAAAGUAGGAAUAGUGAUAGUGUUACAUUUUUAAAUUUUUAAAUAAAAUUAUGUAACAUUA